AAUCACGAUACACUAGUUUCUAUAAAACAGACAUCAUCGCUCUUUGUUCUCACUAUGCCUCAAAAAACGACACCUGACGCCUGAAAACAACCGUCCCCAUUCCCACUCUAUAGAAAAAUAACAUCAUGGCUACGAACGACGCCUACGGCACCAGUGGUGCCAAGGACAACAAUAGCAAAUACGACGCUGACUUCACACAACACGUCAUUGACCUUAUGAGCCCCGAAACAAAACCCAGACACAGAGAAAUCCUUACCUCCUUAAUAAAGCAUAUGCACGACUUUUGCCGAGAGGUCAACCUCACGCAAGACGAGUGGAUUAUCGGUGUCAACUACGUCAACUCUAUCGGCCAAGCUUACAAGAAGAACCGAAAUGAAGCAUGGAGGGUGUGUGAUAUCCUAGGUAUCGAAUCUCUCGUCGACGAGAUCAACCACAAGAUCGUCUCCGACGAGGGUCUAUCUCCCACAUCCUCGGCCAUUCUCGGGCCUUUUUGGUCCCCCGAAACACCAUUCCGGGACCUUGGCGCCAGCGUAGUCCAGGACAUGCCAAAAGACGGGCAGCUCACGCUGUUCCACGGUACCAUCAAGGACGUCGAAACCGGCAAGGCCAUCUCAGACGCCGUCUUCGACAUGUGGCAAGCUAGCACCAACGGCAAGUACGACGUCUUCGACCCCGAGAACCAGACCCGCCACAACCUUCGGGGCAAGUUCCGCACCGACGAGAACGGCAAAUUCUGGUUCUACUGCCUAAAGCCGACCGAAUACGCCAUUGACACCUCCGGCCCCUCGGCAGAUCUGCUCGGAAUAAUGGGCCGACACCCCAACCGCCCCGCCCACAUCCACAUGAUGGUCACUCAUCCAGACUACAUUGGCGUGACGGCUCAGCUGUACCCGAAUGACGACAGGUGGCUGGAGACGGACACUGUCUCUGCGGUCAAGGACGAUCUGCUCUUGGACUUCAAGCCCAUUCAGAACGACCCCAAGGGAGCUGUUCUCGAUGUUGAGUAUCAUGUUCGUCUGCUCUCAAAUAAAUACAAGCCAGAUUCCACUAUGUUGAUGGGGAACGCAAACCAGAACAAGUUCUGAUUUAAGUCUAAUAACGGCCGCCGGUUGGAUAUUUCUUUAGGAAUUGCUCUAAAUAUUGCAGAGUUUUGUUCGUGUAUAUAGCAUAGUGGGCCCGUAAUAGUGAUGAUCGGAAAACAAUAAAGAAACUCGAUUCUAACUGCUCGAGAAGAACCAAAGAGGGC